UCUUCCACCAUCGCAGUCAGUGUUUCCUCCUCCAGCUCCGGGCAGCUUCCUCUUCCUCCGGACAGCUUCCUCCCCGCGGUACCCUCCGUCCACCGGACUCCUUCAGUCACACCAGCCCCUCGCUCCACCCUCGACCCCCGCGGCUCCAUGAAGGGACUCCGCUUCCUCGUCGUGUUCCUGGUGCUUUCCGCCUCGCUGCUGUGCGACCGGGGCGAGGCGGCCCGGAGUCGCACCAGCAACCAGAACAGCUUCCGGCGGGCGGCGAACGGCAUCUACCAGACCCUGAGCAGCGUGUUCGGAGAGGAGAACAUCAGGGGGCUGUACAAGUUUUUCUCCAAAGCAACGGAGCGGUUUGUCCAUGGAGUCGACUCUUUCCUCGACACCAUCUGGAAGAUCUGGUCCGAUCUGCUGGACGUGAUGGGAAUCGACUCCUCCAACCUCAGCCACUACUUCAGCCCCACGUCUCUCACCAACUCUCCGGCCCGCGCCCUGCUCCUGGUGGCUGCCGUGCUCCUGGCCUACUGGUUCCUCUCCAUGUUCCUGGGGGGUUUCUUCUACCUGCUGCACGCCGUGUUCGGACGCUUCUUCUGGCUAGCUCGCGUCACGCUCUUCGCCCUGUCCUGCCUCUACAUCCUGCAGAAGUUUGAGGGCGACCCGGAGCGCGCCGUGCUGCCGCUGUGCUUCAUCAUGGCGGUGUACUUCAUGACGGGGCCCGUGGGGGCGUACUGGCGUCGGGGGGGCGGCGCAGGUUCGCUGGAAGAGAAGAUUGACCACUUGGACACUCAGAUCCGGCUCCUCAACAUCAGGCUGACUCGUGUGAUCGACAGCCUGGAACGCACUGCGGAUCAGUAGACUCAGGUGGCGGGGGGGAAGCGAGGGUUUAUUGUUAUUAUGGCUGCGUUUGAUCUCUGAAUGCUGUUUUCCUGCGGACAUCUCCAGCAACACAACUUCUGGGUAUUUACGUCUCUAUUGUCAGAAGGGGGACAAAACUAAAACCGUAUUUUAAAGGCAUGAGUUGAUUUUAGUUGCAAAAAGCCAAAAAAUCCUCAGAGGUGUGGACAGGUACCCUGGAUCCUACUCAAAUCAAACAAACAAGUUUUCUAUUUGGUCUUUUUUGAAGCUUCCAAUGGUGUCAGCUUCAUCGAUUAUCUGAGAAAUGUCCAUGCUUUUCUAAUUUCUGCCCUAAUUCUACACCUCUGCUCCUUUUAAAGUAACUUCAAAGUGUAAGAAUAAGCAUAUUUUAUGUAAGUUUGUUUAUCUCUUAUCUUCAUUAAUAACCUGGAGUUUACAAUUCUUACACAGGUUCAUCCACAAACAUGUUUCCCACUUGGGUGUAUGAUGCAGGGGAUGGUUAAACCUGUAUUUAUGAUGUAUAAAAAUCCUCAAGGUGGUGGAUAGUUGUCCAUAGUAAGAUUUAUUUAUUCCAUUUCCAUAUAAAUUGUCCGAAUCAUGUAGAUGUAGUCUGUUUCAUGAAGUCCCAGUAGUUGACAUCAGGACCUCCUUUUCUUGUAUGAAUGGGACGAACUACGCGUGCAAGUGUCUGUCAAGCUUAUGAAAUGGGAAAGCACUGUACCAAUGAGUGGCCAUCAGACUGGGAGAGAUGCAGACAGACAGCAAUAUCUCAGGGACUCAACCAACACAUACAUUUGGAAAUGAGACAAAGUUUAUUAAAAUCAUGUCUUGGUCUCAUUGAGUCACGGGACAGUUUUUUCCCACGGUUGCAAAUCUGUCGGUAUUUUAACAAUGCUUGUGUUUUUGCAGCGCGCUGAUAUUGUAAAGUUUGAUUUAUAUCUGAGGUCAAGACCAAGUCGAGCGUUUCAUUCAUCAUUUCAGUACUGGCACAAAUCUACUGUACUGCAGUUCUAACAUUUAAAUAGGGAAAUAUCUUCUUUUUUUUAUGUUUAAUGUGUGAAUCCACAAUCAGAUUAUUCAUAGAAGCUGGCUAGAAAAAGUAUUUAAGUCAUUUGGAGUUUCUUCACACUGGCGUGAAAUGAACUUCAUCUUGUAGGAUUGGAUUUUUAGUCGGGAUCAAUUUUGUAACUUGAUUACAGAUUAAGGUCUAACGCAUUUGAUUUAAACAGUAUAUCAUUGUUCAAAACUGCUUGAGCCAUGCGUCUGGUGUGUGUUAGUGUUGCCUUCGUUUUAGCUUGAUGGGCCUUUUUAUAAAUCUUUAUUACAUCUGCCGUUAUUUUGUAUAUUUCUCAUCCUGCAUUUCCAUAAGAGACUGUCCUGUUUUAAAAAAAAAUUUUGCUCUCCAUCCACCAUCUCUUAUUAUCUCCAUCCUUACUCCCUCAUGCACACUUCAUAUAAAUGUAUAGAAUCUGCACUCUAUAAACAUGUGCUUUAUACAAAUGACUCUAACUCUAACCACUUAUGAAAGGAAAGAAAACGUUUUUAUAAUCUCGACACUCAGAUUAACAAACGCUUUAUUAAAUAUUAGUAUAUGUGAGGUGCUGUGGGAUUAGGAUGUAAGAGUGCAGUAGUAACAGUUUUUUGGAGAUGGAGGGUGUUGCAUCGCUUUAAAACGAGGUACAGACAUGAGCUUUGGCUUUUUCUCAGCAUAUCCAGAUAUUUUCAUAUGUUGAAUCCAACUUCUGGUUGUCAUUACACUGGCAUUAAGGUUACUUGCCAGUAAGAUUCUUUCUUAAAUAGAGAAACAUUUGAACGCAUGUCAUCUUACUGUGAAUCAGUAGUUUGUAGGUUUUCUCAUAACACACCAACACGUCCAGUUUGUCCCCUGCAGUAAACCACCCCAGGUAUUUCCAUACUAGCCAAAGUAAUCUGGGAUUUUAUUGCAUGCUGUUUUGAUGCCUAUAAUGUUAUGUUUCAUGUUGUAAAUGUUGUGACUGCCUUGGUAGAGAGCCCUCCGGAAAUGUGAUUUUCGUGAUGUGAUGAAUUAGUCGGAUGUUAAAUACAAGAGGGGUUUGUUUUUUUAUUCAGUCUUUACUUUCCUGUACUGUAGCAUUAGUACCGUUCAGACCAAGCUCACAUGUACAAGACCGUCAGCCCUCGGAAUUCUUCUCUCACUCCAUCAGUCAAGCUGAUUAUUAUACGAUCACAAACAUGUUGACUAAUUUUGAAUUGUGUAAACUGAAUGCAGUUUUUGUUCCUCCAAUCUUAUCUUGAAGAGAACCUGACCUGAGAGAGGCGCUCGAGCCUGGUCACUUUGUAGUGUGUGGUUAGGCCAACAGUCUGUAGCCAAUGACCUGUGUAUGUUUUACUAAGGACCGAAUCUGUGAUCUAUGAAGGUGUUCAGCGAUUAGAAGUAAUCAUGUGUGUUGUUGAGGGAUGGUUGUACCCAGUUUUUCCAAAGGCACGGCACUAAAGUAGUCAGGUGAUUUAAAAAGGGGGGUCCGGGAUUUCAAUCAUGAUAUACUGAACUUCAGUGUGUACAGAACCUCAUUAGUAUUCAACAUUUGGAGAUGUUUAUAUCAAAACUGUUUUAAGAGGAGACAAAAAGACUCAGAAAGUUCUCUCACAGUUUUUAUUAUUUCUAGCACAACAAAAUAUUGGUUUCUGAGACAAGAACCAGCUCGUUAACACCCCAAAGGCCCAAGAUUGAGGCUGUAACCCUCCGUUCAAACAUCAUGGAAGAAACACUGAAUACUUUAAGUUGCCACUAGCUCAUGUAUUAAAACUUACUGUUAUCAUUCAGAUACUGAAAAAUUCCAGUACAUGUUUCUAUUAGUUUCUCUCAGCUCUGGACUGAAUGCUAUGUUCAUAUAUUUAUUGUUUAAAAGGUCUCCUGAAUGACUUGUACUUCUGUUAAUUUAAUGUACUGUAUCCUACUUAUUCCACUUAGCUUUUUAUAUCAUGCUGUGCCAAUAUUGUAAAUAUAUUUCAUUGAUUUAAGGCAAUUGUCAUUUAAAUUUUGUUUUGACAAGGAUAGAUGUUUUUUUAAUUUAUUCAAAAACGUUUUUAGCUUCUUUUUUUAUAAAAUAUCUGAAUAUUUCUGUACUUCAGUGAUGUGGCGACCGCCAAACUGUUCUGCCUGCUGAUGUCUACUUUGUGUGCGAGUCUUCAUGAAAACCUGUUGAUGGGUAUGUGGUUUGUUUUUGUGACAGAGGGAAAAUGAGGUCCAGAUUUUAAUAAAUGAAACACCACAGUAUGACAGUC